AUGAUCUCAACCACAAAAUCUUCUAACGCCACGACAACCCCAUCCCCGCCUGCCCAACAACUGCACCUCCCGUUUCCCCCGCUAGACCUCCCCUCGGCCUUGCCAACGUCAAAACGCCACGCGACCCCACAAAUCAUACAGCCUCCCAUCGGCUGUGUUCAUAUCAAAAUUUGCGCCCAUCACGCCGCCCUGUUACUCUUGCAAUCAGCCCUGGUCAUUCUUGAACAGAGGGAGAUUCUGAACCUGUUUGUUGGCGUUGAGCAAGCCAACCAAUAUUAUAUUUUCAGUUGGACAGGGGAGACCGUGGGCCCCUCGCCAAAGAAGACCAAUGGUCCAGCAGGGCCCUGUUCUGGCAACUUGCGGGCACCAAUUGGGCCUUCCGGGCAAGCACCUGCGUCCUCCGCCCCUUCAGUCUCAUCAACUCGCUCAUCUUUGUUGUGGAUAGUCACACGGAAAAAUUCUGAGGAGUCCGCUGGCCAGGAUGAAGAUCAAAAAGAGUACAAGCAAUUUGCCCGGGUUGACACCGGCUUCCUCUCCCAGUACUGCUUUACCCUUGAUGCUGAUGGCAGGCCAACCGGCACUGUCCAUCCUGUCACCCCCCAGCUGCUUCCUGCUCUGAUCGACAUGGCCAAAGUCACCAGUGAUCUCAAAGGGGGUCGUCAACAGGGCAAUCACCACUGCGCAAAGUUGGUAAUUUCCCCGCCAAUCCCGAUGGAAGCAACGUGCCCCCUCGCAUAA